AUGGCGGCAUUACUUGCUCUUUUCUUGACUUUGCUGGCCGCCCAAGGGAGCCUCGUGUUAUCAGCCAUCCCGAUUCGCGGACGAAACACUACUUUGCCUUCUAAUGGGACCAAUCUUGAUCAUGGUCCACGGCCGGCGCCGGCGUAUAUGGUUGACAACCAGCACAACUACUACAAGACCGCGCCAGACAAGGGCAGACAGAAUGGCCCAGUAUGGGCCUACUCGGGCAGCCUGAACACAUACCUGGCCAACCUCCAGAGCGGCGUCGUGCUCCGCGGCGGCUACGACGGCGCGGGGUCUAAAAACACCAUCAAGCGAACAAGAUUCAAGGCGCCCCCCAAAAAGCGGCAGUCAUCCGACUUCUGGCUGUCUACUUUAGGACCAUUGGGAACACAACCAUUUGCUGGCGGAGACGGCUACCAGUUCUUCCGCAACGUUGUCGACGACUUUGGCGCCGACAACUCGGGAGAGUCGGACGCAACUGAGGCACUAAACGCGGCCUCAGCCAGCUGGAACAAAGACUCCGUCGGCGGCGACCGGACGCGAUGCGGUGAGAAAUGCGGAAACACAUUCUCGCAGGGCGCUAUCGUCUAUUUCCCGGGAGGUACCUAUAAGAUCUGUACGCCCGUCAUCCAGUAUUACUACACGCAGUUCGUUGGCGACCCCAACGAUAUGCCCAUCAUCAAAGGCUGCGACGACUUCCAGGGAAUCGCCCUGUUCGACGUAGAUCCUUACAUUCCCGGAGCCUCGGGCCAGCAGUGGUACAUCAACCAGAAUCAGUUCUUUCGUCAGAUCCGCAACUUCCGCUUCGACUUGACCGACAUGCCCGACUCGACAGCGGAGAAUGACCAGGACCUCGUGCCAACGGGUAUCCAUUGGCAGGUGUCCCAGGCCACCUCCCUACAGAACCUGGUGUUCGACAUGCCUACCACGAGCUCCACCACCGCUGUCGGCAUCUUCACGGAGAAUGGCAGUGGCGGGUUCGUGUCUGACCUUGAGUUCAACGGCGGCAACAUCGGCUGGCGAGCAGGGUCUCAGCAGUACACGGCGCGUAACCUCGUCUUCAACCAGUGCAAUACUGCCGUGCAAAUGGUCUGGGACUGGGGUUGGAACUGGCAUCAGAUCACCAUCAACGGCGGAUCUAUCGGUUUCAAUAUCUCAGGGGUGGGCGGUGAUAGCGGCCAGGGUAUAGGCAGCGUGUCCAUUGUCGAUUCUACCAUCAGCGACGUGGAGAUCGGCGUCCUGACCAACAGCUUACCUACGUCGCCCAACAUUGUCCUUGACAACACCAAAUUCAAUAACGUGGCCAACUCCGUCAGAAGUACGGGCGGAAACAACUUGUUGUCUGGGAAUUCUGACUUAUGGGCCACGGGCAAGCGAUACAAUGGCUCCGAGGGAUCGACUGAGACUGGCGCCUUCUCCGGCCCUGGAAGGGGCAAGGGCCUGGAUGACUCCAAAGGCUUGCUCUACGUGCGUUCAAGGCCCCAGUACGAGAAGACCGGCGCCGGCUCUUUCCUGGUGGCGACUACGGAUGGUGGAUGCAAGAACGAUGCCACCGGCGAUCAAGCCUCUUGCAUCAACAACUUCCUCCUCAAGGCCGCGGACAACCGUCAGAUCGCCUACUUCCCAGCAGGAGUCUACACGGUUGGAUCCACGGUGAACAUCCCUACCGGCUCCGUCGUUCAGGGUUCUCUGUGGUCGCAAAUCCUGGGUUCGGGCUUCUACUUCAGCGACAUACAGAACCCCAAAGUCAUGGUUCAGGUCGGCAACAAGGGCGACGUGGGCACCAUGGAGAUCACCGAAAUGCUCUUCUCGGUGCGCGGGGCCACGGCCGGUGCAAUCCUGAUGGAGUGGAACGUCGCAGCCGUGGAGCAGGGCGCGGCGGCCAUGUGGGAUUCGCACUUCCGCGUCGGCGGCGCGCUGGGCACCGAUCUCGAUCUGAGCAAAUGCCCCAAGUUCAGUAUCAAGGCCGAGUGCGUCGCUGCCUCGCUCAUGUUCCGCGUCACGUCCCAGGCCAACGGGUACUUCGAGAACGUGUGGGCGUGGGUGGGGGACCAUGAUAACGACAAGUCCAUCUACAACCAGCCCGACUCAAGCUCGACGCAGAUCACCGUCUUUGGGGCCCGCGGCAUGCUAAUCGAGUCCAAGGGCCCGUCGUGGUUCUACGGCGGCGGCUCGGAGCACUCAGUCCUCUACAAUUAUCUUCUCAGCGGUGCCGAGAGCGUGUACAUGGGUCACAUCCAGACUGAGUCGCCGUAUUACCAACCCAACCCUGGCCCUCCUGCUCCUUUCCGUGCGGCCCCACGCGCUGGUUUCCCCAAUGAUCCGGACUUCAGCAAGUGUGAGAUCGCGCCGAAUGUUUGGGAUGACCGGUGUAACUACGCCUGGGGCUUGCAAAUCAUUGACUCGAAAGACGUCUUGAUCCACGCGGCUGGACUGUACAGCUUUUUCAACGAGUACUAUCAGGACUGCAUUCCUACUCACAACUGCCAGGACCGGAUCUUGGAGGUUAAGGGCUCGACCGGCGUCGUCAUUUACAACCUAUUCACAGUAGCAACCAUCAACAUAGCCAGUGGCAUCGAUAACACCAACGUCCCUCAGGAAGACAACCAGCGAGGGUUUACAACCGAGGUCAGCGUAUGGGUGCCGCUUCCAGGGUCUGAUAGCGUCGACAUUGUAUGGGUUGGAACUGAAGUAUGGGCCUCUCCCCCGGUGAGUUGCCCGGUCGCGUCCCGAUCCUGCAUGCUGGUCAUUCCUACGAAGUCGUUGGGUUCAACAACGACCAUCAGUCCCAGCGACUAUGUCACGUCGCUGGAGUUUGGAGGGUUCUCAAGCACUGCCAUUGGCGGUAUUGCCACCACCAUCUUCGUCACUUCCACUACUACUGUGACCGUCUCGAUACCCGCAAUUACCACCGACGGCAUGCCCUUCUCCAACGUGAACGUAACAUCGUCGGGAGCAAUGCCCAUCACCAUAUAUCCCAGCAUAAGCGUUCCGGAUGCUACCGUUACGUUACCGGAUGGAGAGGGCGGCUCUACCACUCGUGUGGUUCCCCUUCCACCUUGGCCCCUUAUCAAUGGAGGUCCGUCGACCGGGUAUACGAAUCCAGGCACCUUACCUCCGCCCAGCGGCUCAGGUCUUCCCUCCAGCACGACGUACUACACUCCUAUCAGCAGCACAAUCACGGUGCCCGGCGCUACAGUCACGACAGUGACGUUUCCGGGCUCGACUGGAGUCAUCACCAUUGACUGUCCCCGUUCCACAGCCAUCGCUUUCAAGACACCGGAAGUCGUCGUGGCGACGACGUGUACCGAGAAUUUGGACUUGACUCUGAACUUUGCGUGCCCGACAACUCGCAUCCUGACCUUCCUCGGACCCGCCACGGCUGUAGCUAGCGUCGACUGCUCCCUCGUCACAUCCUGGAAGACCGGGUCUCCCACCACCACCGACGGGCCGCUGCCACUCUUCACGGAAUGGCCACGCUACGGCUCAAUCAUCCCCUCGGAAGAGGAGGUCGAGGACCCCGAGCCUGAUGAUGACAGCGUUCUUGUGCCCUGCACCGCCUGGUUCUUCUUCUUCUGUAUCUCUUGGAAUGAGGUCAGCGUCCGAUCCUGGCGCUGGAUUCUGCCGCCGGGCAUCUACGGCCCCAUGCCACCGCCCAUUGAUAUCAUCCACCCGCCUCCUGGUAUUAACAUCAACGGAAACUUGCCCAACUGGCCGAAAUUCACCAUUGGAUACGAUCAUCAGCUCACCACCGAAUCGGAGCCCGAGUGCGAGACGCAGAAGGCCGAUGCCUGUACCACCACGAACUACGUUUCGGCCGGCACCACCACGUCGUCAACAACGCGGUGCGAAACCAUUACCGGCUGCUCCAUCAGUGUCUCGGACUCGAAAACCGAGGUCUUUGGCACUCAGACCCCCGCUCCCGUCGGCACUUUCUACGGCGAAAGCUGGGCGACCAACGACCUUGGAGAAGCCUUCACCAUGUCCGCACUCUCGUCCCUCGCGGCGGAAAUAGCCCGCAACAGAGCAACCGCCGGUGGUUCUACUCUCUCCUUCACUCCAGGACCCACCGCGGGGCCGACCUGUGGCGGCGCGAGCACGGCGUGCGGCGGUACCAUCUGCUCCGGCUACUGGUGCAACCCCAACCCAACAAGCGCGCCGCCCGGGUACCAGGACCCGAAGGACCCCAGUUCCGGCGGCUACUCGGCGCCAACAACGACGAUAGGUCCCGGUUCGACGACAACGCAACCGCCUGAUAAUCCUCCCACCGAUGAGACGCCGCUCACUCGGGGGCCCAUCAACUGCUUCAACGAAGCUGACUUUCCGGGCCACGCCGAUAUCCAGUCGGGCGACCAGGACGAUUUCUCUACGGCCUUCAGCAAUCUGCGCGGUGAUAUGGGCGAUGAUGACACGCUCGGGCCGGACGAUGCGGCUAUCACGCUGCGCCGUACGGACUCCCACGGCGUCAACUACGAUUAUACUUGCAGCUGGGUUCCCGGCUGCGUCACUUCGGUCGACAGACAGAGCUUUGGGUUCCCGCUUGGUUCGCCCAGUCUCAUUACGGCUUACUUGCUCGUCCGGGAAGAUUAUACCAAGUGCAAUAAUGGUGGUGUCGGUGGCACAUGUCAGGUUGGAUGCCUGUUGUACACCUUCGAGGGCGGCCGAGGGGAUGAAGGAACCGACCCAUGCGCGGACUUCGACUGCAGAGCCUGCGGGUCGCCGUUCGAUGAUCCCAAAUGUCAAUCGUGCUGCAGGGGACGUAUCAGCAACAUUGUCGCGGGUGGGAAUGCCAGUACAAACACCGGCUUCACCAUCGUCGAUACCCUUAACGGGGCAUAA